CAGCCCAGUAUCAAAAUGACGGAUGAACAACAAGGUUGCCCAAGGGCGUGGAGGUUGCUUCGUUACGGGCGAUUCGUAGCGUCAGACGGCCCAACUGCCUCGGGAAAAGACGAGAAAUCUAAACCCCAAGGAACAUGGAAGCUCUUUGGGUGUGACGAUGGGGUUCUCUCCCUUUCUCUUACGGAAACAAACCACCUGUUGCUGACAAAGGGAGCAGAAGUUCUAGAGGGAUUUUCUCUACACAAUGCACAGCAGUGGUUGAAAGCUGUGCAUAAGGGGGACAGUCUACUGUUUGUCUCCAAACUCAACAACGAGAGCCGCAUGUUUCGUGUCCAAGUGGCGCCCUCUGGCCAACAGUCUGGUAUUGCAUGUUGUGCUGCCUGUGUCAAAGAACUGUCUAAAUACUUCCCAGUUAACACCAGUGUCAUCCCCUCAACACCAGAAGAAUCCAGGGGCAAAGAUGAUGACAAGCAGACAGAAGACAAAAAGGAAGACACUGAGACCGCCAUUGCAAAAGAAACAUUGCAAAUAAGUGACGGGCGUGUUACAGUGCCUGAUAUGGCAAAGAUCUUGACAGGUGCGGUGACCUGUGACCUCCCACUAGCCUACCAGCAGACUAACCUGUUCACAGACCCAGGUCACAUGGACGCCAUCCUCCAUCUGUGUCUCACGGACAGCAACUUUCCUGCAUUUGUUGGACAAGUAGAAACAAGAAUGCAGGAAAUAAUAGAAGGCAGAGAUUAAUACAGAGGUGUCAAAGUGGUCUACAUCAUGUAAUUUUGUAAUCUUGCUGUCUGCUUAGUGUUUGACAUAUUAUUACAUGUAGAAGAAAUAAAAUGGGUUUGGCUGGAUAUA